AGUGCGAGUGCCAGUUCGAGUGCCAGUGCGGUUGUGUGCGUGUCCCCAAGGUGUGAAAAUAUCUUACGCGUAGCGAAAAGUAUCUACACACACGGCCCAUACCAAUAUACACUGGCUGCAUAAUAGCCCUGCCACAAUUAACAUAAUCCAAAUAACUCAAAUAAAAGGCGUAAAACGAAGCACAGCGAUCGCCCCGCUAAGUGAAAAAAACUCCAACAGGUCUCGAGAAACUUUGCCAACUGCAUAAUUGAGUUGAAGGGCGCGCUUCCCUGCUAUUAUGAUUAUGAAAGUGAAACAGAGUGAAAACGAAGGCCCCAAAGUUUCAAAGAAAAACAAAAGUACGCCGAACAGUGAUCAGCGAAGCCAAAGUCAACAAAUUACGCGAAAAUUCGACAAUUUGCAUCCGAUAGCAUCCGAUAGCGGCCUCUCGGCGGCACCAAAGCCAACAAAAUUGAUUCAAAACACCCAACAGCAGCUAACUCCUCGACAACAGCGACAACAGCCUCGAAGAAAUACAGUCUACGUUACGCGGCUGGAUUGCUCAAGUUUGACAAAAUUCAAUUCAUUAAGACGGAGGGUUUAACAUUCGCGUUGCUGGCGGGCCCCAUGGGCCAAGCGGCAAGUAUGUGUCGAUUUCGUGGUUGUCGCUACAAAAACAAGAACAAGAGCAACAAACAGCAGCAACAACAGCAGCAACAGCAACAGCAGCAGAAUGAAACACCCACCCAUAGUCCCCAGUUUCAGCAUCAUUCUGAGAUAAUCCCGGCAACAACAGGCCUGCACUUGCGGAGCAUCGAGGAGCCUGCGUCGACGCCGCUCCAGUUGGCAGCGGGCAGGAUGAGCGCGGAGCAGGGGGGCACGGGGGGGUACGGGGGCUACGGGACCAGCGAGCACUCGCUGCUCAUUGCCACACGCCACGCCGGUGUCCCCCUGCCCCUCGCCCAGCAGCAGCCACUCCCCGCCCACUAUCAGCCUGCUCCGCUCGCCACCAGCGGCAACGGACCCUCCUCCUGCUCGCAGCAACAGCACCACCAGUCGGCCUACCCGCCGCCGCCCCAGCACCAGCAGUACCCGCUGCAGCAGCCGCACCACCCGUACCAGUACCAGUACCAGCAACACUAUCACCACCAGCCCACAUCGCCGCACCACAGCCGGCCCUACGACCCGGAGCACGCGCGGAUGGAGGCGUGGUUGGAUGAGAAUCAGGAAUUUGUACAGGAUUAUUUUAUAAGGAAAGCCACGCGCCAAACGGUGGACGCCUGGCUGGUCUCACACGCCACCUCGGCCGGCAACGACGUGGUCAGCAGCACCUCCCCCACCCAUCCCAAUGGCCAGACCAGCUCCUCGCGGGGCGGAUCCGGAGCCACCACGCCAGUGCGAAAAAUCUCCGCUCACGAGUUCGAGCGCGGCGGCCUGCUGAAGCCCAUUGUGAACACCAUCGACGGCACGCCCACGUUCCUCAGCAUCGCGCCCCAGAUGGACAACGGCGGCGUGGGGGGCAGCUGCGGCAACCUGCAGACCGUCGGCGUGGGCCAGUAUCAGUAUCACCACCAGCAGCACCACCACCACAACCACAACAGCCACUACCAGGCGGGUGGAGCCGCGGGCAGUAGCAGCGCCGGCGGGAUAACCCCUGGAGCUGUGGCCAGUGGUGGCAGUGGGAAUGGCCACCAGUAUCCGUACUACCAUUGCCAGAGACCCCAGCGGCUGUCGCGCAAUGAGCUGAAGCAGCUCGACGAGAAGGAGUUGAUUUUCGAGCUGGUAAAGGACAUCUGCAACGAGCUGGAGGUCCGUACGCUGUGCCACAAAAUACUCCAGAACGUGUCCAUUUUGCUGAACGCGGAUCGCGGAUCACUGUUCCUGGUGCAGGGACGCUGCAAUGGUCCCGAUGGCCUCAAAAAAUGCCUCGUCUCGAAGCUGUUCGACGUGUGCCCCCGGAGCACGGUGGAGGAAAUGGAGCAGCAGGAAGAGGUGCGCGUGGCAUGGGGCACCGGAAUCGCGGGGCAUGUGGCCGAGAGCGGGGAGCCCGUCAACAUACCAGAUGCUUACCAGGAUGAACGAUUCAAUUGUGAAAUUGAUUCGCUAACCGGCUACCGGACCAAGGCUCUGCUCUGCAUGCCCAUCAAGGACUCAUCCGGGGAUGUGAUUGGCGUGGCGCAGGUCAUCAACAAAAUGAAUGGCGAGUGCUUCUCCGAAAUCGAUGAAAAGGUCUUUUCCUCGUACCUGCAGUUCUGCGGCAUCGGGCUGCGGAACGCCCAGCUGUACGAGAAAUCUCAACUGGAAAUCAAGCGGAACCAGGUGCUCCUCGACCUGGCCCGGAUGAUCUUCGAGGAGCAGAGCACCAUCGAGCACAUGGUCUUCCGCAUCCUCACCCACAUGCAGAGUCUCAUUCAGUGCCAGCGGGUGCAGAUCCUGCUCGUCCACGAGGCGGACAAGGGCAGCUUCUCGCGGGUCUUUGACUUCGAGGCGAACGAUCUGAGCGAGGAGGAGGCCACGUCGCGCACCAGUCCCUACGAGUCGCGAUUCCCCAUCAACAUCGGCAUCACCGGCCACGUGGCCACCACCGGGGAGACGGUAAACGUUCCGAACGCCUACGAAGACGAUCGCUUCGACGCCAGUGUGGACGAGAACUCCUGCUUCAAGCACCGCUCCAUCCUGUGCAUGGCCAUCAAGAACUCGCUGGGCCAGAUCAUCGGAGUCAUCCAGCUGAUCAACAAGUUCAAUGAGCUGGACUUCACCAAGAACGACGAGAACUUCGUGGAGGCGUUCGCCAUCUUCUGCGGCAUGGGCAUCCACAACACCCACAUGUACGAGAAGGCCAUCGUGGCCAUGGCCAAGCAGAGUGUCACCCUGGAGGUGCUCAGCUACCACGCCUCCGCCACCAUGGACGAGGCCCACCGGCUGCGGCGUCUGCGGGUCCCCUCAGCAGUUCAUUUUCGGUUGCACGACUUCAAGUUUGAUGACAUCCACUUUGAGGACGAUGAUACAUUGAAGGCCUGCCUGCGCAUGUUCCUGGAUCUCGACUUUGUGGAACGCUUCCACAUCGACUACGAAGUGCUGUGUCGCUGGCUGCUGAGCGUCAAGAAGAACUACCGCAACGUCACCUACCACAACUGGCGGCAUGCCUUCAACGUGGCCCAAAUGAUGUUUGCCAUUCUGACGACCACUCAGUGGUGGAAGAUCUUUGGCGAAAUCGAGUGCUUGGCUCUGAUUAUUGGCUGCCUGUGCCAUGAUCUCGAUCACCGCGGAACCAACAACUCCUUCCAGAUAAAAGCCUCUUCGCCGCUGGCCCAACUAUACUCCACCUCCACCAUGGAGCACCACCACUUUGAUCAAUGCCUGAUGAUCUUGAACAGUCCCGGCAAUCAGAUUCUGGCCAACCUCUCCUCAGACGACUACUGCCGGGUCAUAAGGGUGCUGGAAGAUGCCAUUUUGUCCACUGACUUGGCGGUCUAUUUCAAAAAACGAGGCCCGUUCCUGGAGAGUGUGGAGCAGCCGCUAAGUCAUUGGGUGGCCGAGGAGCCACGCGCUCUUCUGCGGGCCAUGAGCAUGACUGUCUGUGAUUUGUCGGCCAUCACAAAGCCCUGGGAGAUCGAGAAGCGGGUGGCCGACUUGGUUAGCUCGGAGUUCUUCGAGCAGGGCGACAUGGAGAAGCAGGAGCUCAACAUUACCCCCAUUGACAUCAUGAAUCGAGAAAAGGAGGAUGAGCUGCCCAUGAUGCAAGUAAACUUUAUCGACUCCAUUUGCUUGCCCAUCUAUGAGGCCUUUGCCACUCUCUCCGACAAGCUGGAGCCUCUUGUCGAGGGUGUACGGGACAACAGGGGCCAUUGGAUCGAUCUGGCCGAUGUUGUCAAAACCAAAACUAGUCAGGAUCAAGAGCCACACGAUCGGGCUGAAGAGCGGAUACAGGAUCAGCAAAAUGUGAUAUCGAACGGGGACUGCAGGGCAAUGAGUGAUGAUGAUGUGGCAGUGGAACCGGAGCCGGCCGAGCAAAUAAGCGUAAAUGGCCUCAACCUAGCCAACAGCUGCACCACUAAUAACAACAUUGCCGUCGCUUCUCGUCCCACCAGCACCAGCACCCAGCAGCCCAGUGAUGAUGAUGAUGAUGCGGAGCAGCAGCGCCAGAAGCAGCAGAAUGGACAUGACGAUGGCGAAGUGGAGUGUCACCUGUCUAACAGUAGCUGCAGCUCAUCCACCGCAUCUAGUCGCCUCUCCACGCCACCGCCCACCGGCGAGGAUGACAGCACUCCCGUGUCGCCCUCGAAAACGCUGCAGGCCAAGUUGGUGGUGAAUGCUCUCCAGCGGCAGACAUCCGUCGGCCAGGCGGGGCAGGCAGCCCAGAAGCAGCGCUGCAAAAGUUGCGAACAAUCCCGCACCGGACUUCAGGUGAGAAAGACGAGUUCCCUGCGUGGAGCCCUGGAAAUGGACAGUCUGGACAGCAAGGCCAGGAAUGGAAACGCUGCUGCUCUCUGCAAGAGCACGCCAGUGAUUCAUCACCAGAGUCAUAGUCAUCACAAUCACCACCACCACCAUCAUCAUCAUCACUCGCAUCACGCCCACGGGCAGCACGGGGUCGGGAUUGGCAGUGCCAGCAUCGGAGGCAGUGGGCUAAUUAGCCUGGCUACCCCUCUGCUGGCUACGACAGAAAGUGAUAGGAUACCAAAAAUUGUGGGAAAAAUCGGAAAUCUCGACGGUCUGCCCUUUGCCAACGGCAUUGGAAGUGCCCAGAACGGCCACGGGCUGCCCUUCGGCACCUAUCAGCAUCAGAUUCAUCAUCAUCAUCACCAUCACCUGCUGACACGUCGUCAUUCAGAGACAAACAGCAACGGGGCCACUGCAGUGGCAGCCGAAAAGUAAAUGCAUACCAAUCUGUUGUGCGUCCAAAAGCAGGAAGGAAAGAGCAACUAGAAUUUGCACUGGUUUGCGGUUUCAAGACGAUAGCUUAAAGGUCAAAGUGUAUGCAUCUACGCAUUGAGUUGAUUGGCCAAAAGCAAACAGAAUACCGCAAAAGCAUUGUCGUUAAAAUUCCAGUGAUUCCGACUAUAGGUCACAACCACAAAAACCCUUCAGGACCACUUAAGCCUAUCUUCAAUAUGUACAUAGUUCUAUAACCUUCAUCGCAACCACACAACCACAAAACUCUCAUAUUGUACAUAGCAUCUAUAUUUUGAGAAGCAGUAUCGCAGUUCAGUAAAAACUGAUUGUGUGGAGCAGAACAUACCAUAAGUAAAUUGUGGCACCGCAAUAGCCUGCAACUAAAACUAUAUAGAAAGAUUCCUAUAAAAUAUGUAAAUCGUAUAUAUACCUAUGUAUGUGUAGAUUUUGAUCUGUGCGUGUCUGUUUAUUCGUAACUUGAAGUUUAGUUUUUACAAUACCGUCGGCGUUAGUUAAAUGAUAAAGGAAAGAAGUCAAAUUCUCUAGAUGUUUAAGCACCAUGCGUACAGCAUAAAAGCAAGAAAUAACUUAAAAUUUUACCAAAAAUGGCUUAAAUUAAACAAAUACAUCAAAUGAAAGUAUUGUAAUAUCCGCGAGACACAUACAUAUAUGAAUACGAUAACACUGUAUAACUUGUAAUCGUUAGUUGAAUUAUCUCUAUGGGUACCAAAAGUCUAACUUUAGUAGCAUAAACCUAAACCAACCGCUUAGUGAUGAUGUUAGCUGUCGAGUAACGAUAAAACGAACCGAAACGCGAACCUAGAUAAGAGUACAUAUAACCAUCCUUAAAUCACCCGAAAAGAAAACAAACACUAAGCGCUUUGACUUGUUCCACUCUGCGCUCUAUUCGAAUUUAAAUAAUUGUAAUGUUAUGCGAUAAUAAUGAAUACAUAUUUGUAUCUGUGUACGGUCUUGGUGGCCUAAUGGGUUGGCCAACUAUGGAAAACCCUUGGCAUCCAGUGUGUCCUGGGCCUAUAAUCAGCACGUUAAACGUUCUGUGUCUAGCUUGGGCUAACUGCUCGUACAUAUUCUGCAGAUGCAUCUAUAUGCAAUACAUAUAAUCCUUUAUUAAAUUAAAAUGUACUUUGUGAGUUUUGUUAUUUAUUGUCAGCGUUAUAAUGGAACCUAUCCAAAAGGCAAAACUAAAUAAAGCAAGAAAAUGUCUCUCUUUGGGAAAGCGAAUUUUCCUUAUUUCUACUAAA